AUGCUGAGAUAUGAGACUCCUUUGAUGCUGGCGGUAACCAUGGGGCAUAAGCAAUGUGCAUACGAACUUCUUAAACGAGGAGCCGACGCGGACUCUCAGAAUAGAGGUAUGUGGUCUGUAAGUCAUGAAGCAAUAUCAUUUGGCGAUCGAGAAUUGGUUAAGAAUGUGAUAAUGUAUCGGGAUCAUCAACGAGGUCUGAAGGGAACGCAAAGUAUGAAAGAAUGCCUGAAAAGGUUAGAGAACUCUGCUGAUUUCUAUUGCGAAAUGAGAUGGGAAUUCUCUAGCUGGGUUCCGUUUAUCAGUCGAAUGUGUCCAUCUGAUACGUACAAGAUCUUCAAGCAAGGUUCAAAAGUGCGGAUAGAUACCACUUUAGUCGGAUUUGAAUCCACCAGUUGGAAAAGAGGCAAUCAGUCGUAUAUUUUCCAACUCGACAAGAAUGAUUCUCCUGAAUUUGUCAUUAUUGAUCAUGAAGCAAGAACGGCGAUAUUCCCGAAACUUCGGCCAUUGUUUUCUAUGUUAUGUGCUGUCGUGUUCAGAAUGACGUCACCUAUAUCUACAACGUUUAUUGAUGUUGAUAAAAUUGGAUUCGAACGUUCGUGCCGAAGCGGACUACUUAAAUGGAUAAGUAGCGCAGAAAAAACGGAGAUGGUAGAUGAGUACGAGUGCAAGGUAAUGACACUUGUCGGAAGAAGAUUCAGCAAUGAUACAUCGAAUUUCCUCACAAAUCUUCUGAGCACUAUCAGAUCGGAAGUAUGUGAGGAGUCAACGAAUGAAAAUCUUCUUGAUACGGGGCUAACGGUGGACGAGUACUUGGAUGAAAGUUUUCCUCUUAAUGGUGACAUUGGGCGACCAAAACAAGUUUCUAAAAAGUCUAAUAGUUUCAAGGCCACUCUUUGGUUGGCUAAAGAUCAUCCACUUUCGUUCCAAGAACAAGUUAUGCCAAUAGUGGAUUUGAUGGCUGCAAACAGUGCUCAUUUCGCACGUUUGCAUAACUUCAUUCGAAUGCAGCUUCCUGCCGGUUUCCCAGUAAGGAUCGAGAUUCCUCUGUUCCAUGUGGUCAGCGCAAAAAUCACGGUGGGUCGUGUAAAUGAACCUGGUCCAUUUGUUACACCUCUAGAAACUGCGGUGAGGAAUAAUUUUCCCCUAUCACUUUUCACUGUCCACAUUCUUUGA